AUGCCCGCACUGUCGCCUAUUUUUGAAGGCGCGGCAAGUUCGAGUGGCGGCGUCGGAGUUAAAGCAGUCUCUCUGUCUGAUGUCACAGCACAUAUUACGCCUACGUCAGCUACAUCGCCAGUUUCGACAGCGGCGAAAGUUACUCAAGUGCCUUCUAAGACUACACCGUCAGAGCCAGACGUCGCCUUCCCGGCAGUUUUGAAAGGAUCUCAAAAGCAGAGAGUCCCUCCUCCUGUUCCACCUAGAGGAUCUCCGAAAGUUAAAAGGGGUGGAGGACACUCUCAAACUUCCAGCCAUGAUACUAAAGGUGAUUACCACACUUUAAACAUAUCAGCCAAUGAUAUAACCAAACGGAAACCUUUUGCAAGUAGCGAUGAUCGUUUUGGCUUUUCUGGGCAUGAUCUCAAAUUUAAAGACUCUAGUGCAUGCCAUGUUCCAAAAACUGUGUUAAAUUAUUCUAAUAAAGUACCAAAAGUAGUAGCGCCUAACAAGUUUUUAAACUACGUUGAAGAUGCAGAUAGUAUUACUGAAAGGUCUAACCCAGGUAAAGGUUUGAUAGCGCAAACCACAAUGAUGGCUAAGUUUAAUGUUGAUAAGAUCGUUAGAGAACAUUUAGAUUCAGGAGAUUUUGAUGAUGUAUCAUUCACCGAAUCGAGCGAAGAGGAAACUAUUGUAGCAGUAGAGGUUAAAGAUUACGGCGAUGAAAGUGAUGAUAAUAAACCUAAGAUAAAACCUUCCAAAAGUCCGCUACAGUUUAUCAAUAGGCAAAAAAGGAAACAAAUAAAAGCUCGCGUUUCGAUGGAUACGCAGAGUAUACGAUCUCAGUCUCCUGACCUAACUAUAACAUCAAAGACACCAAACAUGCCAUUACAAGUACACAAAGAACUGCCCAAAAGUCCUGAUAAAGAGGAGAGUAUUAAUAAAAGUUUCGUUAAACCAGGUUUGAUAUCUGGUUUAUCUAAGAAAUUUAAUUUUAAUCAGUCAAGAAAUGAUAAAAUUCGCGAUAAGGAACCGAAGAAAAUAAAACCUAAAAUUGAAAUAAAGACUUACAGCGAAGAACAUUCAAUAGUACAGAAUAAGAUUGAUGUUUGCCACAAGAAAGCGCAAUCGAAAAUAGAUAUGUUCCAAAAACAUAUAAGACGGAUGCAAACGGAUUCUGAAAAUAGUUCUUGUCGAAGUUCAAUUACUUCACUAGAGGCUUCAAGAUCACGCCGUAGACCACCAACCGUUAAACGUCGGGUUAAAGUCAGUGAAACUAAGAAAAUUUUUGAGUCGGGUCAAAAUACUCAUGAAAGGACGAUUCCAAUGCAUAAACGACUGUACUCACCUCACAUUACUGACGUGAAACCUAUAGUACCGAAAUGGACGAGUGGCAACGUGCACGACAAAAUAAAAAAAUUCACUGUGGUACCAGUACCAGAAACUAAAAUACCUCCCAGAUUGUCUGUCACGGCGCCGUUAUCUUGCUGUUCAACGCCGCCGCCUCCCUUCGAGGAAGCUCCGCCUGCGAGAACCAGUCGGACCAACUCAUCGUCUACCACGUCAUCGAGCGCUUCGGGACGAAAACGGGGCGCUUCUAGUGCAGCUAGCGUCGUGACGACUUCUUCGGCAUCAUCACUAGCAUUGACACCGGCCGCGUUAAGUAGCGCGAGGAGUAACGAGGCUAGCGUAUGUUGGACACCACCAGCGUCAGUGGAAGGAUCUACGCCUACGUGGACAGAAGGCACGCCAAGCUUUACAGAGUCUAGUAGUAGUGAACAAGGCUACCCCAUAACUCCUGCCCGUGGUGCUACUCCAAACGACGGGCGUCGGUCACCACGCGCACCACCGCCCCCCGCGCGCGUCGCUCCACCUACCACCAUUAAUUGCCUCACCAGUGAAGUGGUAGAAAUUACCCAUCUAACUUCCGAGACGUCGAACAUAACAAUAUCGACGUAUGAGGUCCACCAACAAAUGCAGCAAAUGCAGAGCGAAGAGAAACAUUGUUAG